AUGGCGGGGGAAAUGAGAUUGGAUAUGUGUGGCUGUUUUGCAAGGUACGGAGAAACUGUAGAAGGCCUUCGAGAGAGCGAUUAUCUUCUGAUUCAUUCAUGUCGGCAGUGGACAACAAUUACAGCUCACAGUCUGGAGGAGGGUCACUACGUCAUAGGGCCAAAGAUAGAAAUCCCUGUACAUUAUGCAGGGCAGUUUAAGCUGCUGGAACAAGACCGAGAUAUUAAGGAGCCGGUGCAGUAUUUUAACAGUGUGGAGGAGGUGGCUAAAGCAUUUCCUGAACGAGUUUACGUCAUGGAGGAAAUAACAUUCAACGUUAAGGUGGCUUCAGGUGAAUGCAAUGAAGACACUGAGGUUUACAACAUUACCCUUAGUACUGGGGAUGAGCUCACUUUAAUGGGGCAAGCCGAAAUCCUUUAUGCAAAAUCUUCUAAAGAGAAGUCACGACUGAACACCAUCUUCAAAAAAAUUGGGAAGCUUAAUUCAAUUAGUAAGCUAGGCAGAGGCAAAAUGCCCUGCCUCAUCUGCAUGAACCACAGGACCAACGAAAGCAUCAGUCUCCCUUUCCAGUGUAAGGGCAAGUUUAGCACCCGCAGCCCGCUGGAGGUGCAGAUGCAAGAAGGUGAGCACACAAUUCGCAAUAUAGUAGAAAAAACCAGGCUGCCCGUUAAUGUGACUGUGCCGAGUCCUACACCAAGAAACCCUUACGACCUGCAUUUCAUCCGUGAAGGGCACAGGUACAAGUUUGUCAACAUUCAAACCAAGACUGUGGUGGUUUGUUGCGUGCUUCGUGGCAACAAAAUUAUUCCCAUGCAUUUUCCCUUGCACUUGACGCUUCCAAAAUUUACUCUACCUGACAGUCUGGUGAAGGGGGAGCUGUGGCAUGAAUCCCUCAUCCAGCACUGGUUUAAUAUAUGCCAGGAACAGUUUGACAUAGAUGAGUAUUCCCGUGCAGUGCGAGAUGUGAAAACUGACUGGAACGAAGACUGCAAGAGCCCGAAGAAGACCCGAUGCACAGGGCACAGCCAUGUGCCCAACUCCCUCAGCUACGCACGGGACGAACUUACUCAGUCCUUCCACCGGCUUUCAGUGUGCGUCUAUGGAAACAACUUGCAUGGGAAUAGCGAAGUGAACCUCCACGGCUGCAGGGACUUGUGUAACGAGUGGGCCCUGUUCUCUCACGAUGCUCUUCAGUACCAGGAGUCUGGUGACAGCAGCAGUGAUUACCUUUUUCCUGAAGUUAGUGAAGAAUCGAUGUUUCUGCCUACAAAACCAGAACUUCCUUAUGAAGAGCUGUGGUUGGACCAAGGGUCUGGAAAGGCUGGUGACCAGCCUCUCACUCGCUCCCUAAGUGAGAAGAACAAAUGUGACAACUACAGAGGGUCUUUCCGAUCAAAGUGUGGUACCGCAUCUCUUCCUGUGCCUGCCACUGUUGGAGCAACCACAAAGUCUUCAGAUGUUUCCCUACCUCCACCUCCAGUGCCUCCCAAAUCAGAAGCAGUAAAAGAGGAAUGCAGGCUCCUGAAUGCUCCCCCCGUCCCACCACGGAGCUCAAAGCCAUCCUCCACCAGUCCUUCCAUCCCUCCUCGUACAGUCAAACCGGCACGACAGCAGACCCGCUCUCCUAGCCCUACUCUGUCCUACUACUCUUCAGGACUGCACAACAUCAAUGUCACAGAGACUGACAACACCAACCCAACUGAGAGCGCACCUGUCUCCUGCUACCCUUGUAACAUGAUGAAAACCGAAUCCAAAGAGCCUGAGAGCACGAUACCUUUGGGAAGCCCCUCAACUGAAGCUCUGCCUUCAAGGCUAUCUUGGCCAAACCAUUUUUCAGGAACUACUGAAGGCCUGAAUAGAAGUGAUUUCCUGCUCGAUCCAAGCAGGAGCUACAGUUACCCCAGACAGAAGACUCCAGGUACGCCAAAGAGAAACUGUCCAGCACCUUUGACUUUUGACUUUGAUGGGUGUGAGCUCCCAGCGGGGUACUCCCCGCUGACCCCAGCAGAGUUCACAAACACCAUCUCUAGCUGUCCAAAGUCAGCAAGUUACUCUCUAGACUGCACUGAUGAGAAAACUCUGGGAGUCAGCAACACAAAGCAGAGCCAUUCGUGUCCUGCCUUACCUCCUCGGGCACCGAAGUCAAGUGAAGAGAAGACAGUUACAGACACAUGUCCCUUGCCGCUGAAAAUAGAUGGUGCUGAGGAGGAGUCAAAAACUAGUUCUCCAGACCUCUUGGAAGAUCAGUAUCUCGUUAAAAAGGGCAUGCAGGAUACGUUCUCUGUGUCUUACCCCUUCUCAUCUCCCCUCCACCUCCAGUUAGCACCAAGAUCUUGUGGGGAUGGCUCUCCCUGGCAGCCACCCACGGACCUUUCUGGACUCUCAAUAGAGGAAGUGUCUAAAUCGCUGAGGUUUAUUGGUCUGUCAGAAGAUGUCAUAUCAUUUUUUGUUACAGAGAAGAUUGAUGGCAAUUUACUGGUUCAGCUUACAGAAGAAAUCCUGUCAGAAGACUUUAAGCUAAGCAAAUUGCAGGUUAAGAAAAUACUACAGUUCAUUAAUGGCUGGCGGCCCAAGAUGUGAUGCCAACUAGUUAUUAGUGAAACUGUACGAGAUGUGCUCGAUGCACUUCAGCUGAUACAUCACUUCCUGUUUUUUGCACUAAAUGCCCUUCCUGUAAAUAG